CUCACGUUUUUUUUUAUAACACCCCACUCAAUCCAGCACCCCCACUCCCCUCAAAACCGCCACGCGAUGAUCGGAACCGCUGUCCCCGCCACCGCGGCAACCCUCGUGGUCGUCCUCCUCCUCACCUCCGGUGGCAUCUGCCGUCUUGCUGUCGACGCCCGCGAGCCUUUCGCUUGCGACCCGAAGGACGAGAGGACGAGGGGUUUCCCCUUCUGCCGCGCGUCGUCCCCGAUCCCGGAGAGAGCGAGGGACCUGGUCGGGUGGCUCACAUUGCAGGAGAAGGUGAAGCUGCUGGGGAACACCGCGGCCGCGGUCCCGCGGCUGGGGAUCAGGGGCUACGAGUGGUGGUCGGAGGCGCUCCACGGGGUCUCGAACGUGGGGCCGGGGACCCAGUUCGGCGGCGACUUCCCCGGCGCCACGAGCUUCCCUCAAGUGAUCACGACCGCCGCUUCCUUCAACGCUUCGCUGUGGGAAGCGAUUGGGCAGGUAGUGUCUGACGAGGCGAGAGCGAUGUACAACGGAGGCAUGGGCGGGCUCACCUACUGGAGCCCCAACAUCAAUAUCCUGCGCGACCCACGCUGGGGCCGGGGACAGGAGACUCCCGGCGAGGACCCCAUCGUGGUUGGCCGCUACGCCGCCAGCUACGUGCGAGGGCUACAAGGGAGCGACGGCAGCGGCCGGCUGAAGGUGGCGGCCUGUUGCAAGCACUUCACGGCCUACGAUCUCGAUAACUGGAACGGGGUCGAUCGCUUCCACUUCAACGCGCGGGUGAGCAAACAGGACAUGGAGGACACGUUCAAUGUCCCGUUCAGGAUGUGCGUGAUGGAAGGGAAGGUGGCCAGUGUGAUGUGCUCGUACAAUCAAGUCAAUGGAGUCCCGGCCUGCGCCGACCCUAAUCUCCUCAGGAAAACCGUCCGCGGUGCGUGGCGGCUCGAUGGGUACGUGGUCUCCGAUUGCGAUUCGGUCGGGGUAUUCUAUGACAAGCAACACUACGCGUCCACGCCGCAACAAGCCGUUGCCGAUGCGAUUAAAGCAGGACUAGAUUUGGAAUGUGGCCCGUUCCUCGCUACGCACUCGGGGGAAGCGGUGAGAGGCGGCCUGUUGAACGAAGCCGAAGUCGAUGGCGCUUUGCUUAACACACUGACGGUCCAAAUGCGGCUGGGGAUGUUCGACGGCACGCCGUCGGCCCAACCGUACGGCACGCUCGGUCCGAAUGACGUGUGCACCCCGGCCCAUCAGGAGCUCGCCCUUGAAGCCGCUGGGCAAGGCAUUGUCCUCCUCAAGAACCAGGGACCGACCCUCCCUCUCUCCCCUCGCCGCCACCGCACCGUCGCCGUCGUCGGCCCCAACUCGGAUGUCACUGUCACGAUGAUUGGGAACUACGCCGGUGUUGCAUGUGGAUAUACAACUCCUCUUCAAGGAAUUGGCAAGUACACAAACACGAUACACCAACAAGGUUGCGUGGACGUAGCUUGCCACGACGACAAGCUAUUCGGAGCAGCGAUUGAGGCGGCACGCGGAGCCGACGUGACGGUCUUGGUGAUGGGGCUCGACCAGAGUAUCGAGGCCGAGUUCAAGGACAGGGACAGUCUCCUCUUGCCGGGACGACAGCAAGAGCUCGUGGCGAAGGUGGCCAUGGCCUCCAAGGGUCCGACCGUACUAGUCUUGAUGUCCGGUGGUCCUGUCGACAUCUCCUUUGCUAAGAAUGAUCCACGGGUGGCCGCCAUUUUGUGGGCCGGUUACCCCGGCCAAGCUGGCGGUGCGGCCAUUGCCGAUAUCUUGUUCGGGUCAACCAACCCAGGAGGAAAACUACCUAUGACAUGGUACCCACAAGAUUACCUAGCAAGCGUACCCAUGACCGUGAUGGACAUGAGGCCCACGGGAUCGAACCUUUACCCGGGGAGGACCUACAGAUUCUACCAAGGCCCGGUAGUGUACCCGUUCGGCCACGGGAUGAGCUACACCCAGUUCGUCCACACGAUCGCCGCCGCUCCCGCGGCGGUGGCCGUCCCCCUCGACGGCCGCCGGCCGGCGAACGCCACGAACUCCGGUAGGGCCGUGAGGGUCACGCACGUCCGGUGCGCCAGGCUCUCUCUCGGGGUCCAGCUGGACAUCACGAACGCCGGGGCGAGGGACGGGGCCCACACGGUGCUCGUGUACUCCACGCCCCCGGGAGGCGGUGGUGGGAGCUGGGUGCCGCAGAAGCAGCUGGUGGGCUUCCAGAAGGUCCAGGUGGCGGCGGGGGCCCGCGAGAGGGUCCAGAUCAACAUCCACGUGUGCAAGUACUUGAGCGUGGUGGACAGGCUCGGCGUUAGGAGGAUUCCGUUGGGGGAGCACAGGCUUCAUAUUGGGGAUGUCAAGCACUCGGUGUCGCUUCAAGCUGAGAGACUCUAGGAGCGAUCAAGACUCGAGAGGAAUUUGC